AUGGUGUGGCUGAGAACGGGCAGUGGUCGGUUGAUGGAGAUUCAGAUUUGCACCUUAGUUUGGCCCAGCAUUGCAGGAGAAAUAGUUUGGGAUGUGACCUUUGCCAUUGUUUUCUUUCUAAUACCAGGAUUAGUCAUUGUCAUCAGUUAUUCCAAAAUCUUACAGAUUACAAAAGCAUCAAGAAGGAGUUUAAAUGCUGGUUUAGCCUACUCAGAAAAUCAUCAGAUUCGUGUUUCCCAGCAAGACUACAAACUAUUCCGAGCCCUCCUUGUGUUGAUGAUCUCUUUCUUCAUCAUGUGGAGCCCAAUUAUAAUAAUUAUACUUCUAAUUUUAGUCCAGAACUACAAACAAGAUUUAAAUAUUUUGCCAUCAGUCUUCUUCUGGAUAGUGUUAUUUACUUUUGCCAACUCUGCUGUCAAUCCCAUUUUGUAUAAUGUUGCCCAUUUCAGACGUAAAUGUCAGGAAAUUCUUCUCUGUUGUACAGGGAACCCUGCAAGGCAUGGGGCUGGUAUAGAAACCACUGCAAGAAGAAGUAACCAUGAACAACCAAAUUUGUCUUUCAUUACCAGAUAAUUAUUUGAAGUCUGAGCUGUGCCACACUUUGGAUUUUAAUGUCUACACUGACCCAGGUUGAAUAGGUCACUAUGUUUUAGUAUUAUAUGCCAGAGAAGAAAACAAAAAAGCUAAAUCUGUUUUUAAUUCCUGCAGGUAAAAUUCCUGCGGCUUCACUGCUUUGCUUCAGAAAGAUUUGGCCAGUUUAAUCCAAUAGAUUGACUUCUCCAUUUACACUGAAAUGAACAGGAAUAUGGUAGUGAACUUGGUGAAGUUGAAAUAAGUAUUUACAAUUAAUUAAUUUCUAAGAGGGUACAUUUUCAGUUGGCAUAAAUGUCAUUAAUUUUAAUGAAGUUAUAGUGGAUCUAUAUCAAGAGGGCACCUGAUCCAUUUUUACUCUUUAUUUUCUACAGAGUAAGAGAGAUCAACUUUCUAGUGAAAAUGUACAUCCUCAGAAAGUAUCUGCUCUUUUUUUAAUUCCAUGUAAAAAAGGCAUUUGAUUAUAUGCGUAGAUAACUACCUGCCUGAACAUAGGUUUGAGCACACUAACCAAUUUUGUGUAGGAAACAACAUAAUAAACAUGUAUUAUCACCAAGUGAAUGACCAACGGUUCCAUCUCAGAUUAAAAAUAUGAAUAUAAUGCCUGUUAAUUUAUAAAUAAAGAAUAAACAAAUAAA